AUGUCUCCACGACAGAAGCCCCACUCCUCGACAAGCGACUUCAAAGUCCACGGGACAACUAAAUCUGAUACGAAGCCGUCUCAAUCAAUCAGAAAAAGCCUCUUCUGGGUGAGCAAUAUCCAUUGCGCAUCAUGUGUCGCCUACAUCACCAAUAUCCUCUCUGAGGUUCCUUCAGUUGAGAAUAUCGAUGUCUCAAUCAUGACACACGAAGUACGGGUGACUCAUGGGAGUUCUGUUGAAUCUGCUCUACUGGUCGAUACCUUGAUUGACGCGGCUUUCGAAGUGCAUCAUGUCACAACCUACGACAGUGACGGGUCCAUUUUGACCGAAAUCGACACGACGUCAUGGGCCCAGCGAAGAACUGGAAAUCUCUCCUACGACGGAUCGUAUGCCAGUCUUUCCACGAAUGCCAAAGAACAAAUUCAUGGUGCUUGGAACAGACAACACCUUGCCACGUGUGACGCCUGCCGAAAAGAAUCAGAGCAAAGAUAUCUCGACUCGACAGAAAUUGCCAAUUCUGACCCUUUAGAAGGUCAGCCAACGACAUCUGCUGUUCUAACACCUCAGAGUGAGAAGCCAAAGCCAGAAAUUCCAAGCUCAAAGCAGUCGGCGUCGAGCGCAAUCGGCCGCGCCGUACCUUCGAUUGCGGAUUCCGAAACAAACUCAAAAACAAACCAGCCUUCUUCACCGGCCGAACCCGAAACUUAUAGCGCACGCAUCAGCAUUGGUGGCAUGACAUGCGCUUCAUGCGUCAACAGUGUCACAGCUGCACUUCAAGAAAUGAGUGGUGUUGAGGAAGUAUCUGUCAAUCUGCUUACGAACAGCGCGGCUCUCAUAUUCGUUGGCCCGCGUGAUUAUGUUGAUGAAAUCACUGAAAGGGUCGAGGACAUUGGCUUCGAAGCCGUUCUUGAUAAUGUGAAUCAAAUAUCUCAACCAACCCAUCGGCAGACAGCUCAUGCAGGGCAUGAUGCUGCUCGACGCCAUGCUGAUGCCGACUCUCCUUCACAAGCCGCGUCAAUGGACCGAACACCAAAACGCACAAUCUCAAUCUUAGUCAAUGGGAUGUUCUGUCAUCAUUGUCCCGAGAAGGUGAUGGACUCCUUGUCUAGGCUUCAGAAUGUCAGCGUCAAUCAAGCUCCAACAGAAAAGAGACCAAUUGUUGAAAUUACAUACACGCCUGCACCUCCGACUAUGACCGUCCGCUCAAUAAUCAAGACCAUCGACGACGCCCACGCUGCUUUCCAGCCAAGUGUAUACCACCCGCCGAGUAUAGAGGAACGAUCCCGAGCAAUGCAAAUACAUGAGCGUCAGAGAUUGCUCUCACGCCUGGUCUUCGUGCUCGCCGUCGCUAUACCCACCUUUAUCAUCGGAAUCGUGUUCAUGUCGCUAGUUUCUCCACGGAACCCGACCCGGCGAUAUUUGGAACAAAAGAUGUGGUCUGGCAGUGUCACUCGCAUUGAGUGGGCUUUGUUCAUAAUGUCCACGCCCGUGAUGGUUUUCGGCGCCGAUGUAUUUCACACUCGCGCAUUGAAAGAAAUCCGUGCUUUAUGGCGCCGCGGAAGUCGAGUCCCCGUUUUGCGCCGGUUCUAUCGAUUUGGAAGCAUGAAUCUCUUGAUUUCAGCGGGAACAUCAGUCGCAUACUUCUCGUCACUGGCCAUUCUCAUCGUGGACGCCUUGCGUGGUUUCAAAGCAAGCGCUCAUGGAACGACGUAUUUUGACUCGGUGGUCUUCUUAACGCUUUUCAUUCUCGCCGGGCGCUUUUUGGAGGCAUACAGCAAGGCUCGUACAGGAGACGCAGUGUCGGCCCUGGGCAACCUGCGUCCAUCGUGUGCACUGCUAGUGGGAGACCGUUCCGUCGAAGACGAAGUCUCUACUGGCUUCACAGCCGAGUCCACGGUCAAGAUUAGUGUCGAUCUUUUGGAAGUCGGAGAUCACGUUCUCAUUCCUCACGGUACCUCUCCGCCUGCUGACGGUGUGGUAGUCAGCGAUGGCAUUUAUCAGUUUGAUGAGAGCUCACUGACAGGAGAGUCCCGACCAGUACCUAAAAGACAAGGGGACGAAGUCUUUUCUGGCUCGGUGAAUGUUGGUAAACCGGUGAGAGUUCGCAUCACCGAGCUGGGUGGGUCAUCUAUGCUCGAUCGAAUCAUCGCGGUUGUGCGCGAGGGUCAAAGCAAGCGUGCGCCAUUGGAGAGAGUCGCAGAUAUCCUGACCUCCCAUUUUGUACCAGUCAUCACUUUGAUCGCUAUUCUUACCUUUGUGGUAUGGCUUGCUCUUGGUCAUGCCGGUGCUCUACCUGGAGAUUAUCUCGACAGCUCUCGCGGAGGCUGGACAUUUUGGAGCUUGGAAUUUGCGAUCGCUGUCUUUGUUGUUGCCUGCCCUUGUGGCCUGGCGCUGGCCGCACCGACUGCCCUGUUUGUCGGAGGUGGUCUUGCAGCCCAACACGGAAUCCUGGUCAAGGGCGGCGGCGAAGCUUUUCAGGAGGCUAGUCGUUUGGAGGCCAUCGUGUUCGACAAAACCGGUACUUUGACUGAAGGCGGAAGCCUGAAGGUAACUGAACACGAGUUCCUCACCAAGGAUCCAGAGUUGAUAAGUGUCUCCUGGACGCUUGCACGAAGCCUAGAAGAAAAUAGCAAUCACCCUAUUGCACAGGCAAUCUCUGCAUUCUGCCAAAGUCAGGCUACAAUCGAUAUUGUGUCCUCUGAUGUUCAAGAGAUCUCAGGCCAGGGGUUGAAAGGCUCUUUUCAAGUCGACUUAGACAAAGGCCAGUCAUACGAAGCUGUGAUCGGUAACGAGCGCCUGCUUCGGAGCAUACACCCCCUGGAGAGCGACACCUUUUUCAUCUCCAAUCUCCUGUCAAGGUUUCAAACGAACGGCAAAUCCACCGCUGUAUUGUCGAUUCGGCGCAAGUCCUCCAAAUCAUCCUCCUUUGUGCCCGUGGCCAUCUUUGCGACAUCGGACACAAUACGACCUGAGGCUGUUGAGGUCAUCUCCCGACUUCAGAGCAAAGAUGUUCAGGUCUUCAUGUGCACAGGUGACAACCAGAAGACAGCAAACGCUGUCGCUGAGAUGCUAGGGAUUCCACGUUCGAAUGUCAUGGCGGAUGUGCUACCCGCACAGAAAGCUAGCUUUGUGAAGUCUAUACAGGAAGGCUCAAUGGACAGCGCGGCCUUGGCUAGUACUAAGAAAGUGCAACAAGGGAACAGUGCCCGUUCCAUUGUAGCAUUUGUCGGAGACGGUAUCAAUGACGCACCCGCCCUCGCGGCUGCGGAUGUCAGUAUUGCCAUGGCGUCUGGUUCCGAUGUUGCCAUCAACUCUGCCAGCUUCAUCUUGCUAAACUCAGAUCUCCGCACUAUCUUGGAACUCGUUGUUCUCAGUCGCAGAGUGUUUAACAGGGUUCGAAUGAACUUUGGAUGGGCUGUGCUCUACAAUUUCAUACUGGUCCCUGUGGCAGCUGGUGUGUUCUAUCCAAUUGUGAGCGGUCAUCAUGAGAAGGUUGUUGGUGGAGAAGUGGUCAACGUGAACGAACAUUGGAGACUGAGUCCCGUGUGGGCUGCACUGGCAAUGGCGUUGAGUAGCAUCUCCGUCAUUUCGAGCAGUCUGGCGCUGAGAAUCAGCUGGGGCGGCGUGAAAAGGCUCCUUAAGAGACAAUGA